AUGUCAUCCUCUGAUGAUGAACACUCCAGCGAUUCGCACAGCGUAUCUCGCGGGCCAAAGAGAAAGACGCCCUCGCCAUUCAUUCUACCACUAAACGUUGCUUUCUACGCAUUCCUCGUGUCCAGAGCGAUUUCAGCUGCACAUGCGCCAAUUCAAGACUGCGAUGAAGUUUUCAACUACUGGGAGCCUACGCACUACCUUAACCAUGGCUACGGACUACAAACAUGGGAAUAUUCGCCCGAAUAUUCCAUCAGAAGCUGGCUGUAUGUUACUCUACACGCCAUAGUAGGCAAAACGAGCUCUUUUUGGAGCCCACGUAAAAAGGUUCACUUUUUUGCGAUUCGCGGCGCCCUGGCGUUCGUCUGCGCUGCUUGCGAAACCCGUCUCUACUCCGCGAUCUCGAGAACACUCAAUCCUAGAAUCGGCGUGCUUUUCUUAAGCAUUGCCACCUUUAGCCCAGGGCUUUUUCAUGCUUCUACCGCUUUCCUGCCGUCUACUUUUACGAUGUACGCUUCGAUGCUCGGCUUGGCAGCGUUUUUGGAUCGACGGGGCAAGAACAAAGUUGCAGAAGGCAUCAUGUGGUUUGCCACGGGUGCCAUCAUCGGCUGGCCAUUUGCUGGAGCGCUACUGCUUCCCUUGCUCGCAGAGGUAAUCCUCACAUCGGCGCUUUCUGGGAACCUGCAAAAUGCGAUUUGGCAGAUUAUCAAUGGAGGCAUUAGGUGCUUUGUGAUCCUUGGGCUAGAAGUUGCGGUCGACUCUAUUUUCUUCCAAAGAUUUGCAAUGGUUCCUUGGAACAUUGUCGCGUACAAUGUAUUCGGGGGGGAAGGGAAGGGACCCAACAUUUUUGGCACCGAGCCGUGGACAUUUUAUAUUCGGAAUCUGCUGCUAAAUUUCAAUGUCUGGUUUAUUCUAGCAGUGUCCAUUGCGCCAUUGCUCAUUCUACAGGCUUUGUUUGGAUCUCGUGCUUCUAAUUCGAGUCAAACCCUCGUACGAUCGCUCGCUUUCGUCUCACCCUUCUACGUGUGGAUGGCAAUAUUCACGAUUCAACCUCACAAGGAAGAACGAUUUAUGUAUCCAGCGUAUCCCUUCAUUGUCCUCAAUGCGGCACUUGCAUUUCAUCUGAUAUUAGAAUAUCUUGGAACAAACAAACCAGGAACCCUUAUGGGCCUAAUACCAGGCCGAGUCAAAUUGCUCGCUGUCGCAGCAUUCGUGCUGUUUUCUACCUUCGCGGGCCUUCAUAGGUCCAUCGGUAUGAUUACCGCCUAUGGUGCCCCUCUGCGAGUAUAUGACGCUCUCGAAGCACCGGGAAUUGCACAGAAGGGAGGAUAUCUCUGCCUGGGCAAGGAAUGGUACCGGUUUCCUUCCUCCUUCUUCCUGCCACAGUCUAUGCGAGCGAAGUUUGUGCGAAGUGAAUUCUCCGGUUUGUUACCUGGUGAAUUCGACGACAGUUCCAGCAUCCAAGAGCUGCUCUCCGGCACAUCUGCGAUUCCCUCGGGAAUGAACGAUCGAAACGAGGGAGAUCCAUCUAAAUACACCGAUAUUUCUCAGUGUAUGUUCCUCGUCGACUCCUACUUCCCUAGUCAGCCAGCAACCAGCCUGGAACCGGACUACAUUCACGACACAGACAACUGGGAGAAGCUAUCCUGCGAGAAAUUCUUGGAUGCGGCGGCAACAUCGAUCCUUGGCCGGGUUUCAUGGAUCCCAGACCUACCGUUUGUUCCGGCCCGUUUCAAGCGCCAGUGGGGUGAAUAUUGCUUGCUGCGACGACGACAAACUAACACCAUCGAUGGACUGUCACAGUAA